AUGUCAACAUUUGAGAGGAAACUGAAUGAGCUGAAAGACAAGCUACAACAUACACAGUUGGAACUGAGUGCAGAUCUGUUCAAUGAACAACUCAUUAUAACUGUAACGAUACUCCUAGAAAAAUGGACAACUAUACAUGGGAAAGUACUUCGACAGAAAUCUAGAGCAAUAUGGCUAGCUUAUGGAGACUCGAACACAAAAUUCUUUCAUGCAACACUAAAAGCUAGACAAGCUAGAAAUAGAAUCUCCUUUAUUUUCAUAGAACAUGGAAUACAACUGCAUGAGCCUGCUCUAAUCCAAAAAGAAUUUAUUGGUUUCUUUCAGAACUUACUAGGAAAAGCUGCAGUAGAAAUCCCAUGCCUAGACCCAACAAUAUCAAGAGAUAGACCUUCUGAUAAAGCUCCUGGCAUUGAUGGAUUCCCAGCUGAAUUCUUCAAACAGUACUGGCAUUUGAUAGUUGAAUGGGGCUUCCUCAGAAUGGUCCUACUAGAAUAUGGGAUGCCCGGGAAGUUUGUAAACCUAAUUAUGGAGUGUGUCAGCAUAGUGAGCUAUUCUUUGCUAUUCAAUGGUGGCCUUACACCCAGAUUUCAAGGUGAGAGAGGUCUAAGACAGGUAGACCCAAUGUCUCCAUACUUGUUUGUUCUUGUGAUGGAGUAUUUGAAUAGAUCGCUCAAGCAGCUGAGACACAAUCCAGACUUCAACUAUUACCGAAGAUGCAGCAAGUUGGAGACAAUCCAUAUAUGCUUUGCUGAUGAUUUAAUUAUACGUUGCAGAGCUGAUCCAAUUUCUGUAAAGUUGAUGUUGCAGCAGUUCCACCACUUCUAUGCAGUAUCUGUUCUCAAGGCAAAUUUGGAAAAGAGUUCACUUUAUGUGGCAGGGAUCAGUCGACAACUCAAGGAACAACUAUUGAAUGAAAUGCAAUUCUUAGAGGGAGAGAUCCCAUUCAAGUUUCUGAAGUUCCUCUUUCCUCAAAGAUGA